GUUACGGCGGCAGCAGCAGCAUUAAAGGAAGCUCUCCUCGUGUUCCCGCCAGCAGCCUGCAGUCAGUUCGGUCUCCGGACUUCCAGUGAAGAAGAGCCAACAUUUGAUCUGAGAAGAGCCGCUAAGAGAGUGAAGCUGCGCGGUUCCUGUCUGCUCUUCACGUCCCGGUAACUCGACAGGGACCGAGAAGGAAGAAAAGCAGCUGAAAGAACCAUGUUUCCCUUCAUGUUUCUCCUCCUCCUUGUUCCACAUGUGCUGUUGUCCUCGACACAUGAAGCAGUGAUCUCCCCUCAGGAUCCCGUCCUGCAUAUCGGCUCCAGUCUGACAGCCACGUGUACGCUGAGCCCUGAGCUUGGCCUCCACGCCAGCACAUUGUACUGGACUCUGAACGGGAUAAGUGUGUCCAGCAGCGCGUGCAGUGUGUUGAGCCCCGACACCCUGAGUAUCACCCUUCACAACCUCAACGGCUCCCAGCAGCAGUCUGGAGACAACCUCGUGUGUCACGGAGCAGAUGGACAUGUCCUGGCUGGUUCGUGUCUCUAUGUGGGCAGGCCUCCAGAAAAGCCAGUCAAUUUAACGUGUUGGUCCCACAACACCAAGGACUUGAGCUGCAAGUGGAGCCCGGGGGGGCUGGGUGAGACCCACAUCCAAACCAAAUACACCCUCAAGUACAAAUUGAGGUGGUACGGGAGAGAGCAGGAGUGUGAAGUUUACAACACAGGGAAGCAGCGUUACUCCUGCUACAUCCCCCGUAACCUCGCCCUCUUCACCCCGUAUGAGAUCUGGGUGGAAGCAGCCAAUCAGCUGGGCUCUGCUACCUCUGACAUCACCACGCUGGACAUCCUUGAUGUAGUGACCACUGACCCUCCUGCCAACGUGCAGGUGAGUCGUGUCGGCGACCUUGAGGACCAGCUGACAGUCCGCUGGGCCAGCCCCCCCGAGCUCAAGGACAUCCUGUUUCAGGCCAAAUAUCAGAUACGCUACAGACUGGAGGACAGCACUGAAUGGAAGGUGGUGGAUGAUGUUGGUAACCAGACGUCCUGUCGGCUCGCAGGCCUCCAGCCCGGGACCGUCUAUUUUGUCCAGGUGAGGUGCAAUCCAGUGGGCAUCUAUGGCUCCAGGAAGCCCGGCAUCUGGAGUGACUGGAGCCACCCGGCUGCCGCCUCCACACCCAGCAGUGAGCGGCUGCAGAGCGGCUCCUGCGAUCCUAAGCCUGGUGAGCAGAACUCCACCCUGCGGCGGGAACUCAAGCAGUUCUUCGGCUGGGUCCGCAAACACGCGUCCGGCUGCAGCGGCAUGUCAAUCAAACUGUACGAUCAGUGGAGGGUGUGGCUGCAGAAAUCGCACAAAACGCGCAACCAGGUAGAUUCUACAAGACGAUAAUUCAUAGCAGCACCGCUCAGCACCACUGUGGUGUUUAAUUCCAGAACAGCAUCAAGAAACUGACGGAUAACUGGCCCCGAGGGUCCCAGCUGUGUGAGGGAUACUGCAGUGUUUGGUCAUACCGCCUUAACUUGACUUUAAAGGGCCCGAGUGGAAGAUAACUGAAGUGAGACAAUUCAGCCUUUUUCUGCCAUUUCCCCUGGCCGAAUCUGUUAGAUCUGUUUGCACGGACACAAAUGUUAAAGGCUUCAGUAACUGUACUUUUAUUCUGGAAAAGAAAAAAAAAAAA